UUUUCUUAGUAGCUGUAUUUCGUAAACAACAGAAUAAGUAGCAGUCUCAAAAGCGCAUUUAAAUCAGCGAUUGAAGUGUUUUUCUUCGACCGUCUGCAAGGCUAAUUUAAACAGUUUUUAAUAGGUAUCUUGUCAGAUGUUUCACAGCAGACUAACUCCGUCUCGAAACAAACUUUCUGUGUAGAUGCACACUGUUCAGAAAUGGUGUCCGGCUAGGCGCUGAGAAGACGCCCAUGCUGAAGGUGCACUUUGGAGAAGUUUGUCAUGGAUCCGGAGGUGUCUCUCAUGCUGCUCUGUGAUCCGUUACAGGCUCUCGGAGAAAACCAGAUUCACGUAGAAAUAUCAGACAGGUUCAAUCGGCAGACUUUUCCUGAGAUCGAGCAGCACAUUGAAGCUGUAUGGAGUGACCGAGUGACCAAAGAACCGUGGCUCUUCAACGGAGCUAAGUUCAGAUUACAUUCAGCGGCGAUCUCCGCCGUGGAAAAGGGACCGGCGGCAGCACAGGCCGUGAGAGAGCCAGAGCGCUCGCCGCGUGGCGAAGGACCCCAGAGCGCCGAUAAACCGCCAGCCGGUCCGUCCAGAGCCGAGCGGUCGUGUGCGCUCACCCUACGCUUAGGCCUGACCUGCUAUAAAGACUACCUCGGGACCAACUGGUCACGAGAGGCAGAGCGGCUGCAGAGUCACGGACGGAACGAAUGCGCGGAUCCUCAGGCCUUCCUCGCGCAGCCACUCGGGGUCGGCGCGGUCGUGGCCACGGCGGACGGAGACAUCGUCCUUCUGAGGAGGAGUCACAAAGUGGCGGAGGCCGCAGGCCUGUUAGACAUCCCUGGAGGUCACCCCGAGCCAAAGAUGCUGUGUCCAGGCGUCAGCGAGGAGGCCAUAUGCGCCGAGCUCCUCCAGGGGAAGGAGAGGGCCGUGGUCUCGGAGAUCUUCUCCUCGGUGUGCGCGGAGAUCAGCGACGAGGUGAACGUUCCCGUCGGUUCUCUGAGCAGGCCGCUGCUGAUGGGAGUCGCGCUGAACCACACUAGCGCGGGGCGACCCAGCGCGGAGUUUUACGUCCGGUGCGCUUUGACGACAGAGGAAGUGAGAGACGUCUACAGACACGGAGGUCCAGAGGCCCACGAGUCCACGGAAAUACUGUUUCUGAGUCAAACGAUCAUUGGUCGUCUGCGUUUAAAUAUAUCAUACAGGAGACAAACACGGUGCAAUAAACUUGAUACGAUUUAUGGAAAGCGCGUGAGAAUUAUUUAAACAAAAUUAGCCAUGUGCAUAAAUUUAGGCGCCCUUGUCAUUUUAUUGAUUUCAAUACCUUAGGACUAAUUAUUAGACCUCAAAAUUGGUUUGGUGACCUCAGUGACCUUUGACUUCCAUGCACGGGUGAAUCCAAUCACGAGAAAGCGUUUAAAGGAGGCCAGUUGCAUCUUCUCUAAAGUGUGGCAACAUGAGAGCCUCAAAACAACUCUCAGAUGAGCUGAAAACGUCACCGUUUAAGGGAAGGAUGCAGAAAGCUGUCUAGGAGAUUUAAGCUCUCGGUUUCGACUGCGAGGAACACUGUGAGGAAUUGGAAGAGCAGAGGCACGGUUCUAGUUAAGGCCCGAAGCGGCAGACCAAGGAAAAGCUCAGAUAAGCAGAGGAUGGUGAGAAGAGUCACAGUCAAACAACAGACCAGCUCCAAAGACCUACAGAUGGUGUCGACUAUUCAGUGCACUUUACUCAAGGAGACACUGUUUAGACCCUAAACACUGCUCAAAAUCUACUGAGGCAUUCAUGCAGAGGAACAAGUACAACGUCCUGGAACCAUCUCCGUCCCCAGACCUGAAUAUUACUGAAUAUUAUAUUGUGGUGUGAUUUAAAGCUGGCUGUCCGUGCACGAAAACCAUCAAACCUGACUGAACUGGUCCAAAGCACCUUCUGCCAGAAGCCAGACUCUAAUUGGAAGCGUUUAGAGGCUGUUGAUUCUGCAAAAGGAGGAUGCACAAAAUAUCAAGUAAUUUUUUCUUUUGUGGUGCCUAAAUAUAUGCACAUGGCUUACUUUUAAAUAUUUCUCGCGCGCUUUCCAUAAAUCAUAUCAAGUUUAUUUGACUUCUCUAAUAUCACCGUGUUUGUCUCCUGUACGAUACGUUUAAGUGAAAUUUCUCAUCCAGACGGACGAAUGAUUUAUAAAGGAAAAUCGUGAACGUUCACAGGGGUGCACAAACUUUCGCACAACAGCCUUGCAAAUCCUCGCAAAUCCUCAAAAGCAGCACAAGUGAGAUUCUUUGUUGCUACGCUGUGAUGCAUUUCUGUUAUU